AAGGCAAGCAGAAUUAAAGGUCGCGCCUAUAUAUUCGGACCAACCAGCAGAUGCGGCCUCGCCACAGCUCGCGAGCGAAGCAGCAUCAGCUCUCUCCUCUCCUUUUCUCCUGCUACCCACACAUCUGAUCGCGAGCUUGUCCCACACGACACGCGGCGGCGAUAUAUGCUAAGCGGCGACGACGUUGCAGGACAAAGGUAGCCGCCGAUGAGGAACGACAGUAUCAAGGCCGGGGAGAGGUCCUCGUCGCCCUGGAGGUCGCUCCUCGGCGGCUGCCUCGGCGCUGCCGACUGCGGCGCCGGGACGGGCAAUCAGGGCCACAAGAAGGUCCGUCCGCGCUCCGGAGGCGGCGGUGGGCGGCGGCUGUCGUUCACGGACCUGAGCGGCGCGGCGGACGAGGACCUGUCGGUGUCCCUCGUCGGCUCCAACCUGCACGUGUUCACGGUGGCCGAGCUCCGGGCCGCGACGCGCGAGUUCGCCUCCGACAACUUCCUCGGUGAGGGCGGGUUCGGGCCCGUGUACAAGGGCUUCGUCGACAAGCCGGGGCUCAAGGCGCAGGCCAUCGCCGUCAAGCUCUGGGACCCCGAGGGCGCGCAGGGCCACAAGGAAUGGCUGGCAGAGGUGAUCUUCCUGGGGCAGCUCCGGCACCCCAACCUGGUGAAGCUGGUAGGGUACUGCUGCGAGGAGGAGCACCGUCUCCUCGUCUACGAGUACAUGGCCCAAGGCAGCCUCGAGAACCACCUCUUCGACCAACAGGUGCCUGUCGUGCUGCCGUGGUCGACCCGGCUGAACAUCGCCGUCGGCGCCGCGAAAGGGCUGGCCUUCCUCCACGACGCCGAGAAGCCGGUGAUCUAUCGCGACUUCAAGGCCUCAAACAUCCUACUGGACUCGGAUCACAAGGCGAAGCUGUCGGACUUCGGGCUGGCCAAAGACGGGCCAGUGGGCGACGACACGCACGUGUCCACCCGGGUCAUGGGCACCCACGGCUACGCGGCGCCGGAGUACAUCAUGACGGGCCACCUCACGGCGAAGAGCGACGUGUACACCUUCGGGGUGGUGCUACUGGAGAUCCUGGCGGGGCGACGAGCGGUGGACAAGUCCCGCGCCAGCAGGGAGCAGAACCUGGUGGAGUUUGCGCGGCCCGGGCUCCGCGACCCGCUCAGGCUGGCGCGCAGGAUCAUGGACCCGGCGCUGGAGAGCCGGUACCCGGCGACGGCGGCGCAGAAGGCGGCGGCGGUGGCGUACCAGUGCCUGAGCGGCAGCCCCAAGAACCGGCCGGACAUGUCGACCGUCGUGAAGGAGCUCGAGCCUCUGCUCGCCAUCACGGAGGACGUGCUUGCCGCCGACGGGCCGGUGGUGCUCUUCGUGGCCGCGCCGGAGCCGGACGCGAAGGAGAAGAAGGAGAGGCCGAGGGCGGUGAGGGACGUCGGCGUCCACCAUCGGCGAAGGCUCCGGUCGCCCAAGGGUAGCCCCGAAAGCGCGGGGCUGAGCAGAAGGAGGAGUUCUGGGUGUGGCACGUGGCGGCCGACGACAAGGCUUGACGCCGCCGACGUGCAUGCUGUCAUGCGUGUGCAUGUACUGUACAUAUGA